AGCUAUGCUAUAGGUUUCCUCUACUCAAGAUGCGUCCGGAAAAUGUUGAGACUUUGCGUCUUGCGUUUUUUACAAAAAUUUUUUUAGCCUUCUUAUCAAAGAGGUUGAACUGAAUAGGGGUUUCAUGGUGUCGAUUGUCUAAUUGUUUUCGGUAAUCACUUCUUGGAUUCAAACCUCAGUGCGCGAUUGGUAACGCAAACACUAUUUUCUACCGCGGUGCAGCAUUUGGAAAAGCGUUGCGUUUUGAAUUAUAUAUAGCACGCAGUCAGUAAAAUAAUAUAGGAGUUUUUUUGCAGUUUGGAAUGGCAUGUAUUCCAUGCAUAUUCAUUGUCACAAUGAAACAGUAAGCACGUUCACCUUGAAGCGAACAAUUACGAGAGAAAUAAUUAGAAGAAAAGUUCAGAUAUAUAAACUUGCGAGGACAAGUGGAAUUUAAAAGCAUCAUGGUACUCUCAAUUGAAAGAUGGGUUGGCAAAGUAGCCAUAGUGACCGGUGCGAGCUCGGGUGUCGGAGCGGAAGUGGUAAAAAGUCUACUUAAGGAAAACAUAAUCGUCGUAGGUUUGGCACGACGAACAGAGAAGAUAAGGGAAUUGAGCUCAUCUAAAAACCUCCAUGCGGUAAAAGUUGAUCUCAGCGUCGAAGAUGAUAUUCUUCGCGCAUUUAAGUGGGUCAAAGAAAAUUUGGGUCCAAUUCAUAUUUUAAUAAACUGCGCCGGCAUUCUUCGACUGACUGAUUAUCUGGAAGGUGACACUAAAAUGUGGAAGGACAUGAUGGAUGUAAACUACCAUGCGGUGUGCAUUACCACAAGGGAGGCCGUCAAAGAUAUGCGAGCAAAUGGCGUUAACGGACAUAUCAUUCAUAUUAACGAUGUCGGUGGCUAUAAAGUUUUGGACAUAAAACACUUAAACGUCUACUGCGCCACCAAGUUUCCAGUAACUGCGGCAGUCGAAGGGCUCAGACUUGAGUUGAACGCUAUCGGCAGUAAAAUUAAGGUUUCAUGUAUCAAUCCGGGGUAUGUCAAAACGGAUCUGUUCAAAAAUGCCAUAAUUGCCGACUCAUCAUUGCAAAAUUUUGCUGACGAGUUUGAAAAUGAAAAUCCGGCAUUAGAGCCAUCGGACAUUGCCGAUGGUAUUAUCUAUUUACUUUCCACAGCAGAAAAUGUCCAGGUACGAGAACUGACUAUCAAGCCAAUUGGCGAGGAAUUCUAAUGCAUAACUUUGAAUUUAGCGAAUUACGUAACUGAAAGAUUAUAUGACCAUCGUGAUUGACAACAAAAUAGAAAUUUUGAAGGUUGCGUCUAAGUAGUACUUGUACCAAAAGUGUUCUUUAGAAUGAUAAAUUGUUAGUAAUAAUAACGUUUUUUUUUA